AUGUUAUUUUCGUUAUAUCACUUGAAGGAUGUCCAUGUUAAUUCAUCUAAAAAACAAACGAAGCAACCAUCAUCAUCGUCACUACCACCGGUAACGUCAGCAAGUUCAAUAAACCGACAAACCAACACAAAACCAAUAAUUAUGAUUAGUUAUGCGCAUGAUAAAAGUUUCGUAUCGCAAGAACAAUUACUAAAUCAAACACAAAUCUUUAAUGUUUGGAUUGAUAAACAAAAUGCUAAUUCUGUCGGCGAUGUUUGGGAACAAAUUGCCAACGGCAUUAAACAAUCACAUCUUCUUAUAACAAUAUUAACAAAAAAAUAUUAUGAAAGUCGGUCGUGUAGAUAA